UAACACACACCGAUGGCAACACUCGGACUAAAUUACAGAAACGUCAAAAAUGGUACAUAAAAUUUUUCUGCUGUAGCUAAUUUUUCCUGAAAAAUAAUCAUUCACAAAAAAAUCCGGAUUCGUCAUUCUUGUGUAGUUGAAAUUCUGUGUUAAAAGGACUAUUUUUGUGUUCAGUGUUAUUCAGUGUGGACAGUUAUGACCUGUUUUCAUUUAUGGUGCAAGGAAUAGAGGCAUCAAUACUUUGCUAACAGAGCGGUGCGGCGCGAUAAUGCGCGAGCGCAGAUAAUAGGCAGCCGUCCCAACAGUGCUCUGACUACCGUGUAAAAAUGGCGUCGGUGUGGAAGCGACUGCAGCGUGUUAACAAGCGAGCUGCCAAGUUCCAGUACACCGCCUCCUAUCAUCGCGUAGAUCUUGAGACCUCGCCUAAAUGGAAACCAAAUAAACUGAGUGUAGUGUGGACGAGGCGGUCCAGGCGAGUGAUCACAGAUCCAUUGGAAUGGGAGCCGUCGUUGAAAGAUCCGCUCAAAGGGUCAGUUAUAUACACGGUGCCAGAAAACCGAACUGUGGCCGUCACGCUGUUCAAGGACUCGCGCACCAACGAGCUGGAGGACAAAGACUGGACUUUUGUGCUUGAAGAUGUAUCCAUAACGGGCAAGCGUCGUCGCUUAGGCGUAUGUUCAAUCAAUAUGCGUAAGUUUGCAAGCUUGGAGCCUUCGCAGCGAGCCCUGGUCCUCACCCUGGAACCCACCACACAUAAGGUGGUGGCCGCAUCCUUACAUCUCACUCUACAUUGUGUACUGUUGAGGGAAGGACAGGCUACCGAUGAAGAUAUGCAGUCGCUAGCGUCUCUUCUGUCGGUGAAUAAUAACUCAGAUAUUGCAGUGUUAGAGGAUUUAGACGAGGAUGACUACACGUUGUCUGAUAACUCUACAAGACAGAUGUUGGAUCUCCGACAGCAAAUGGAAGAGAUGACACAAAGUCUAACAAACAGUGAUAUCGCGGCGACCCCAAACAGCGUACAAAGUCUAAACUUCGACAACUCCCGCACCCCCACAGCGCCAAUCACCCCGGAACACACGACCCCAACCACGCCCGUGCCUUCAGACCCCACGCCCAACGACAACGAUGUGACUAAUGACCCCAUACCAAAAACAAGGCCAGAAAUGCUUAGUAAUUUAACAAAACUGGUCAUGAAACCGGAACCCAAGUACUUUUCGACCCCUAAAGCCAAUAAUGUUAUUAAUAAUGAGCCUAAAAGUGAUAUAAAGGGGGUCGUUUUUAAGCCUAAAACGGUGGCUAUGAGGAAUUUGAAACCUUUGGAAUUGAAGACCAAUUUGAACAGUAUAACUUUAGAUAGGAAUGAGAAUGAAAAGGAUGAGGACAGCGAUAAGACCCCCACGGCCGCCGACAUGGAGAAACUGUUCCCGGGGAAAUUUGAUAAGGAUAAAACGCCGGUCCAGGAUCUCCUAGAAUGGUGUCAGUCAGUGAUCAAGGAGUACCGAUCCUGUCGCGUCACCAACCUGACGACUAGCUUCCGUUCCGGCCUAGCUUUCUGCGCCAUCAUACAUCGGUUUCGACCUGAUCUCAUUGACUUCUCCGGUCUGCAACCAGACGAGGCGGAGAAGAAUCUCCGCGUUGCCCUAGAAGCUAGCUCGAAGCUGGGCAUUUCUCAAGUACUCACUGCAGCCGACGUGUGUUCACGACAGAUACCUGACAGACUAGCCAUAAUGACAUAUCUGUUCCAACUGCGGGCACACUUCACCGGCAACGAAUUACAAGUUGAACAAUUAGGUAACGACGAGACGGAAUCUUCGUACCUAGUAGGCCGCCAUGAUACAGACGGAUCCAUUCCUCAGGAGCUCUUCAGUCGAGAGAUCAGCACUAGAAGGUCUAGGAAUAUGAUGGAUAGACCUCGGCCAGGUUCACAAGAGUCCCAAGAAUCGAGGGCAUCCGUAGAGCGGUCUACACCUGAACAACCGUCUCCAGGAGCAAGGAAGGAUGUCCGAGACCUCUUGCACCAGUCCAAGGCCAUUCUUGGCAAGGUCUUGUCUCCCGCAAGAGAUCAUAAGCCAAGUGCCAAGUGGUUCGCUGAUCCACUUAAAGUUAAUGAGGCACCUCCAGUCCGGCCGGAGAAGUUGAUGACCCGGAAAGAACUAACGGAUCCCUUCGGGUCUGAUGAGGAGGAGGAACAACAGGAACCUCCAGCGCCUACCCCACAGAAUAACGGGAAUAAUGGAAAUAAUGAAAUUGUAUCACCCCAACCGGACCCAAAACCAUCGGAACCGGUGGUAAUCACAGAUCCACUAACACAACCGGACUCUGAUAACCGUGUGACGUCACCACCGAAGCCCCCCACUCCGGAGUUACCCAAACCGACACCGCAAUUGUUGUCACGUCAUGAUGAGUUAAAAGAGAGAGCGAGACAGCUGCUUGAAGCUACGAAAAGGGAGGCGAGGGAAAAGGAUAGAAAAUUGAGACAGAAAGAGAAGGAAGAAAAAGAGAAUGGACAUAGAAAUGGAGAUGUAAGUCCUAAGAAGCCCAUGACGGAGGAAGAGAGACAGGCGAUGUUGAGAGAAAGAGCGAGAAAACUCAUCGCUGAUGCAAGAGCUGGUAUUGUUAGUCCAACAUCGCCUCUAUCGCCGUCGCGUAACUCUCGCUCGGGCACCGUCGAGAUCAUCAGCAAACAAUCCGUCAUGGACGAAAUUGUUGCAGCGGGCGGUGUCGAGCAGUUGGACGCGUUACUGGGCAGGACGGAGUCGCUGCCUUCUACUCCGGGCUCCAGGAAGAGUUCCGUCAGCCCAGACAGAUCUGAGGACCGCCAGAGUGCAGAUAGUCGCAGCAUAAAGUCAGUGUCGCUGAGCGCGGGUCGACGGUCCCCACUGCAAUCAUUCUCGGCGCUCGUCGACGCGCUGCCCACCGACGACCUACAGGAUGCAGAGGAGGGUAAGGAGUCAGGCUCGUACAUCCAGAGUGAGUUGGAAGCCCUAGAGCGGGAACAGGGCGCCAUCGACGAGCGAGCCGCCGCGCUAGAGAAACAACUGCGACGGGUUAUGGAGUCCGCGGAUAAUACUGAGGAGGAAGAUCGGCUGAUGUCUCAGUGGUUCAACUUGGUUAAUAAGAAGAACGCGCUGCUACGGAGGCAGAUGCAGCUUAAUAUACUUGAACAGGAGGAGGACCUGAGUCGUCGCUGCGAGUUGUUGGCGAGGGAGCUGCGCCUGUCGCUGGGCGUCGACGACUGGAGGAAGACUCCCGGACAGAAACGGAGGGAGAGGCUACUGCUGCAGGAACUAUUAUCAGCUGUCAACGAGAGAGACAGGCUAGUACAAGAAAUGGAUGAGCAAGAGAGAGCAAUAGCAGAUGAUGAUGAAAUAGAACGCAAUCUAUCUCAAGUCGAGAUACAGAGGAAGAACAACUGCAUCCUGCAGUGAACACCAUGUAUACGUGGAAUAUAUGUGGAAUGAAAGUAUUGGAACACCCUGUACGCACUAACCCAAGAUUUUACAUAAGUGGACUUGUGAGAUAUGAACUUAAGGUUUUAGAUGAAAUAAUUAUUUCUAUUAUAUUUUGAGUUUAAUAGGUUGAGAAUUAAACGGAGUAAUUAGCACGGAUGGGUCGGCCCGACCGGAGUUAUACCACGGUCUCACAGAAAACCGGCGUGAAACAACCACAGUGUUGUGUUUCGCCGUGUGAGUGAGGUUAUCGGAGGCCCAAUCCUUUACCUCCCCAAUGUCCCUAAAAGAACUAAAUGGUCGGCAACGCGCUC